UUGUACGAAAAACAUGUCACUAGCAAGCAACUGGCUACCGAUAUUGAUUAUCACCCUCGCAGCGUUUACAAUAAGCAGUGCCAUUGUCGCCAAUGAAAGUGCAGUUCGAGAGCGACCACAGAGUCGCAUUUUCGGUGGACAAAAUGCUGCUGAGGGUCAGUUUCCGUAUCAGGUGUUGGUGACACGGACUUUCAAUGGUUCUAUGGUCAUCUGUGGUGGUUCGAUUAUAUCGAGGAAUUAUGUUGUGACCGCGGCGCAAUGCGUGAACGGUUACCCCGCUUCGAACUAUUGGAUUCGCGCUGGUACUGUGAAAUUUAAUACGGGUGGUGUUGUAAUACAAGUGGCCGAGGUAAAAAUACAUCCACAAUAUCCCACUAAUUCCUAUGAAUAUGAUGUCGCCUUGCUUAGACUUAGUAACCCAUUGAAUUACAGUGAUACAAUUAAACCGAUAUUACUUGCAAGCGUGGAGUUACCCGAAGGCACACCGACCAUAAUAAGCGGUUGGGGUGGUGUAGCAAGUGGUGGAUUGGCCAAUGAAUUGCAAUAUAAUACAGCGUACACCUUAAAUCGUACUUCGUGCAUACAGCGUUUAAAUACAAUUCCCGAAUCGAUACGUUGUCUCGUUAAGAGCGCUGGCAAUGGUAUCUGUGGUGGCGAUUCUGGUGGUCCAGCUGCGGCUAAUGGCGUUCUAAUCGGUAUUUCGUCAUUUUAUGCCAAUAGUUGCAACAGUAGCUUGCCGAAUGGCUUCACCGACGUCAUUUAUACAAGGGAUUGGAUUCGUGCAAAUUCAGAUUCUGAUUGUACAUGUUCUGCUUAAAAAUCCAAAAUAUAUAUAAUUGCAUUCACAAUUGAAAA